AUGUAUUUUGACAGUGCAGAAGAGGUUACACACGUCUUACACGAAGAACCAAAGCGAAUAGUAUUUUUAAUCACAAGCGGUGGUUUAGGACGAGAAGUGGUACCAAAAGUGAAUGAAUUAGUCCACAUUAGUCGGAUAUAUAUAUUUUGUGUUAACGUUGACGCUAAUAAAGAAUGGUCUAAACAAUACAACAAAGUUCAAGAAGUAUUUAAUUUGGAAGAUGAUCUAUACAAACAACUCGCGGACGAUUUAGCUCGGGUGUAUGUCCAGCAAGCAAAUAGUUGUGUAAAAGACGAUAACCGAGGCAUAGGACGUUUGCUUUAUAAUGAUGCAAGACAGUUAUUAAUAAAUAUUCUUCGAUUACAAGACAAUCAUCAUCGUGUGCAGGAAAUCGAUGAACAACUAACACUUAUGGAUGCUAUAUGA